AUGGCGACCUGCUACAGAACAUUGAACUGUCGGAGAUUAGGGUUGACAACAUUCCCCAAAAGCGUACCACCCGAUGUGACUCGCCUGGAUCUUUCAUCCAACUGUAUCAAGAGCCUGACAGAAGUUCCAGUACUCAAACAUCUCGACUCACUGGUCUUGAAAUUUAACCUCAUUGAAACCGUGGACUGGGCGUCCCUUCGCAACUUACCAAACCUAGAAAACCUGGAUCUGAUGUGCAACCGACUCACGCACGUCAGCUUAAACGCUGUCGUAAAAGAUUUACCCAAACUGGAGCGCGUAAAUCUGAAAUCCAACAGGCUAGCUUCUUUCUCCUUUCACGAGCUGGGACAUCCUUUCUUACUCGUCUCGGCGCUGGUAUACAUUCAAUACAACCCCUUUAACUGUAGCUGUGCAAUGUUGUGGCUGAUGAACAAGCUCAAAUGCCUACUAGAACCGGUUGAACCAGAAUUACCUUGUAGUACAGAAUUCGAAGACUGUGACUUCGUCAGGCAGUGUGAGUUGUGCGAGGCAUGCAUUCUGUCCUACUACUACCUUAUGGGUAAAUUUGGCGUUGAGUUGGCGUUGGCGUUCACAUGCGAUAGCCCUGUCCACCUGAAAGGAAAGCGUUUGACGGAAGUUGCACAAAAUCUGACGGGGUGCGGGAUUGAAAACUCGGCCUCAACAGCAACAAUUACAAACAUCCCCGGUCAGCAGAUAGUACAAGAGGGAACUCCUGCUGGUCCUUCUACUGGUUGA